UCCAUUUUUCGUAAUCAAUCAGAGCAAUGGAUCUUCUUUUCCAAUCCCAAGCUAUUGCUGGACUUCUUGCCUUAGCCUUUCUUUACAGCAUAUGGGCAUGGACAGCUAGGUCUAAGAUCAACAUCAAGGGUCCACCCGAACCACCGGGUGCCUGGCCCAUAAUCGGACACCUCCAUCUACUAGCAAGUGGGCCCGACCCCUGCCGAACACUUGCCGCAUUGGCCGAUCGGUAUGGACCGGCCUUCGUUCUCCGGCUAGGCGUAAACCUCACCCUUGUGGUGAGCACUUGGGAAGCAGCCAAGGAGUGUUUUACCACCCAUGAUGUGGUUCUUGCCAACCGUCCAUCUAGCGCGGUCGCUGACAACAUGGGCUAUGACUAUGCCAUGUUUGGCUUCGCUCCCUACGGGCAAUACUGGCGUGAGAUCCGCAAGAUGGUCACGGUCCAGCUCCUUUCUAACCGACGGCUGGAAUUGAUCAAGCACAUCCAAGUCGACGAGAUUAACACGUGUGUUAAAGAACUAUAUGGACGUUGGGUGGACAACCAUGAACGUCCGGUCACCGUUGAAAUGUCGAAGACUUUUUUCGAUCUUACAUUCAAUGUGAUUGGUAGGAUGAUUGUGGGGAAGCGAUUCUUUGGAUAUCAAGUGGCCCAUGAUAACGCUGAGGCGGCACGUGUUCGGGAAGUGAUGAAACAGUCAUCUUAUCUUAAUGGGGUGUUUGUUGUGUCUGAUGCACUUCCGUUCCUUAAGUGGAUGGACCUUCAAGGGCAUGUGAGGGCCAUGAAGAGGACCGCUAAGGAACUGGACUCGCUGCUUUCGAGGUGGCUAGAUGAUCAUCGACGUAGGAUGCGAUCCGACGGUGGUGAUGACGUAGGGGAGCAGGACUUCAUGGAUGCAAUGCUGACGGUUCUUGAACGUGACCCAAUCUCCAGUUAUGACACUGAUACCAUCAUCAAGGCCACUACACUAAUUCUCAUAGCGGCCGGUUCGGACAGUACAGUUGUCACCUUAACGUGGGCCAUCUCCUUACUACUGAACAAUCGUCACUCGUUAAAGAGGGCCCAAGAUGAGCUGGACACCCACGUUGGCCGUGAUAGGAAUGUGGACGGGUCGGACACCAAGAACCUGAUGUACAUUCAAGCCAUCGUCAAGGAAACGUUGCGCCUGUAUCCAGCAGCCCCAUUCGGUAUACCACACAAGGCCAGUGAAGACUUCACCAUCUGUGGCUUCCACGUACCUGCCGGCACUACCGUGAUGGUGAACCUAUGGAAACUGCAGAGGGACCCACGUGUGUGGUCGGACCCUUGCGAGUUCCAACCAGAGAGAUUUCUAACUAGCCAUGCAAAUGUCGACGUUAGGGGCCAGCAUUUCGAGCUGAUACCAUUUGGGGCCGGUCGCAGAUACUGUCCAGGGAUCUCACUCGCCCUUCCGGUCUUGCACUUGACGCUCGCGCGUCUGCUUCAUGGGUUUGAGCUGGCAACACCAUCCGAUGCACCGGUCGACAUGGCUGAGAAAUUGAAUAUAACGAUUAACAAAGCGAACCCGUUGGAAGUGGUCUUGACCCCUCGCCUCCCUCCAAAGCUGUAUGAAUAGUCUCUAUAAAUGAGCAUGACUCACUUUUGGUACUGUGCUGUGCAAAGGUUGCUUGUUGGGUUUAUUGUAGAAUUACAUUUAUAAUGCUCCAAUUACAUUAGGGCAGACAAUUAAAUCCAUUUAUAUUUAGACUUUUCAUUGGGUA